AUGAAAACUCAGUCACAGCCUCUUGAAGCCCGUCGCUCUGCAAACUAUCGACCGUCUCUUUGGGAGCACGAGAAUCUCCUCUCGCUGGGGAACAAAUAUGCGAAAGAGGACAAUAUCGAGAGAGCUAAGUUAUUGAAGCAAGAAGUUAGUAAAAUGCUUGAUGACACAGAGGGUUUACUUGAACAGCUAGAGUUCGUUGACACUUUACAAAGGCUCGGAAUUUCUUACCAUUUCGAACGUGAAAUCAAGAAGGUUCUAACGAAUGUGCACGUUAGAAAUGUGAGGCACAGAAAGAGGGAUCGGAAGAGAUCUGAAGACUUAUAUGCGACUGCCCUUGAGUUCCGGCUCUUAAGGCAACAUGGUUUUAAUAUCGCACAAGAUGUUUUCGACUGCAAUUUUGGAGAUGGUUUGGAUGAUGAAGACAUCAAGAGUGUUCUUUCACUAUACGAAGCUUCAUAUCUCUCGACCAGAUUCGAUACUAAAUUGAAAGAGACCAUAUACUAUACAACAACACGACUUAAAAAGUUCGUGGAAAUGAAGAACAAUGAGACCACAUCUUAUGUUCAAAAGAUGGUGAUACGUGCGCUAGAAAUGCCAUACCAUCGGAGAGUGCGAAGAUUAGAAGCAAGAUGGUACAUAGACGUGUAUGGCGAGACGCAGGACAUGAACCCUAAGUUACUAGAAUUGGCGAAACUUGAUUUCAAUUUCGUACAAGUUAUCCAUCAAGACGAGCUCAAAACUCUUUCUAGCUGGUGGGGCAAGACGGGAUUAACAAAAACCCUUGAUUUCGUAAGAGAUCGAAUAACGGAGAGUUAUUUCUCAAGUGUUGGAGUAAUCUGUGAGCCUGAGUUUGUAUAUCAUCGACAAAUGCUUACAAAAGUAUUCAUGCUUAUUACCACUAUCGACGAUAUAUACGAUUUAUAUGGGACACUGGAGGAGCUCCAACUAUUCACAGUUAUUGUUGAAAAAUGGGACGUGAAUCGUCUCGAAGAACUUCCCAAGUACAUGAAGUUGUGUUUUCUAUGCCUCAUCAACGAAAUUAAUCAGAUUGGAUAUAUAAUUCUAAGAGACAAAGGAUUUAAUGCCAUUCCUUACCUCAGAAAAUCCUGGGCAGAUAUGUGUACAGCGUUUUUAAAAGAGGCAAAGUGGUACAGAAGUAGUUACAAACCUAACCUCGAAGAGUACAUGGAAAAUGGUUGGCUCUCAAGUUCUGUCCCUACAAUACUGCUCCACUUGCUAUGUCUCUUCCUCGACCAAAACCUAGACGUUCUUUUCUCCUACCACCAUCAUGUUAUUCGAAACUCUGCCACAAUCCUCCGACUCGCUAACGAUCUCGCCACUUCUUCGAAGGAAUUGGCGAGAGGCGACAAUAUGAAGUCCGUACAAUGUCACAUGCAUGAAAAUGGAUCUCCAGAGGCAGAGUCACGUGCGCACAUUCGAGAAAUGAUCGGUGUGGCUUGGGAAGACUUGAACUUUGAAAGAAAGAGUUGCUGGCUACAUCAAGGUUUCGUAGAAGCGGCAGCUAACCUUGGACGCGUGGCCCAGUGCGUUUAUCAGUAUGGUGAUGGCUAUGGCUGUCCCGAAAUGGCUAAGACCGUCGAUCAUGUCCGAUCCUUGCUCGUCCACCCUGUCCCAUUCGAUUAA